GCAUGUCAAAUAAUGUGGCCAGUCCUCUUCUUGAGCAAAACUGGAAUUGGUAGAGGAUCGUUGGUCACAAAAGGGGAGGCUGAGUGAUUCAUCUUGGUGAUGUCUUGGGCCAAAUUCCAGAAGGCAGUAUUUUCAGGAGGGAGGGAGGGCAAUUUGCAUGCAUGACCUCACCAGCAGCUCCAGCCCCAGAGCAUAUAAACAGGAGCCUGUCGCACCUAGUCUUACUACUUACUGCCAGGCCCUGCAACCCAAACAGACCGGGACCAUGCCCGCGCUCCGCUCCGUGCUGCCACACCUGGGGCUGUUCCUGUGCCUGGCUCUGUGCUUUUUCCCUUCCCUCUCUGCCAGUGAUGAGUCCUGUGUGGUCUUUGAUGCUGUCUACACCUCCGACAACUUGGGAAUCAACAUUACGGCUCAGGAGGUCUCUGGUGGGAAUGUAAGCUAUGCAGUGACUGUCCCUGUGAACAAUACAGUCAGUGCCGUGAUUGUGAAAGCAGUGAAGGAGAACGGAAUCCCAGUGGGCACCUGGGGCGGACCACAUCAGAAGUGUAACGACAGCAGUGUCUACUACUUGAGCAACCCUGACACCUUCCAGACAAACUGGACAGUUCCUGAUUCCGAGGAUGUGACUAAAGUCAACCUGCAGGUCUUCAUCGUAGUCAAUCGCAUAGCCUCAGUGUCAUCUCUGAAAGUGGAAGGAGUAAAAUCCUCAAUCUUGACCCCUCCUCCUGAGAGUUUUGAGACCAGCCAGACUAUGACCACCACAACAGCCAUGAACACAGCCAAGACAACAGCCGUGAAUACAGCCAAGACAACAGCCAUGAACACAGCCAAGACGACAGACAUGAACACAGCCAAGACGACAGCCAUGACCCCAGCCAAUUCCACAGCCAUUUCCCCAGCCAAGACCACAGCCAUUUCCCCAGCCAAGACCACAGCCAGAAGCUUGGCCAUCCGCACUCUCAGCAGUCCCCUGGCAGGUGCCCUCCAUAUCCUGCUUGUUUUUCUCAUUAGUAAACUCCUCUUCUAAAGUAAAGUGGGGAAACUAAUCUCCAACCUCCAGGGCAUCCUCCUGAGCUCAUUUCAGGCCAGUGCUUACACAUACAUGAAUGAGGGUUAUGUCCUUGGUAUGCAGCUCCGGGUGACGGCCCGGCCACACUAGUGCAUUUGAGGGACACAAGCAUUUGCCUGGAUCUUUCAGGGCACGAAUUCUGCUUUUUGUAAAUACUUAGUCCAUCCUGCUUGUAACCUGAAGUUCUGACUCUCAGUUUAACAUGUUGACAGCCAAUCUGAACUUGUGUUUCUUGCCAAAGUAUUCCCAUGAGCCUCCUGGAUUUGGGGGCGGAGAGGGGGAUAUCCUUCUUUAUUUUCAAGCUGAUUUCAGAUUUCUGGCCAAACCAACUCAGGUUACAAAGGACUUACAUGACUCAUGUGACUGAAGGAAAAAGAGAAAUGAGUGACCGUCCUGUGGCUACUAGCAGAUCCCACUGUAACCAGUCAGUAGGUUUUGAAGGAAGUCUGUGAAAACUAUGCCUCAGAAGCCAAUUACAGGACACAUGACUUUUUUUUCCUAAGUCAAAAGUCAAAUAAAUGAUUUAUUGAACAAAAUACCAAAAUGUGCUAAAUUGAAAGAUAACCCUUAAUGAGUGAUAAAAUACAAAGUGUUACCUAACUUUGUUUUUAGAACUAUGAAUGAAAUUUUGUGUGUGUGUGUGUGUAUGUGUGUGUGUGUUUUCAAAGGACAGAUACAAGGUUAUCUCAGUUUUGUUUUGUCCAGUCAAAGCUGAAGCUGGUCAUUUCUUCCUUGAUGAUAAUUUCCACCAGAAAAUGGACCAA